AUGCGUUUGUCUCCUGCGUGGUACCAGUUCCUUGUCGGCGUGUUCGCCUCGCUUGGAUCAUUCCUUUACGGAUAUGAUUUGGGUGUUAUCGCCGAAGUGAUUAUCUGCCAGUCUUUUACUUCGAAGUUUGCCCCAGAUGAUACCCAGAAGGGUCUGGUGGUGUCCUUGUUCACAGCCGGUGCAUGUGUCGGUGCCGGAUUGGCUGGUCCUGCUGGUGACUUCCUUGGUCGACGACGUACUAUCUCCCUGGGAUGUCUGAUCUUCUGUCUGGGAGGUGGCCUGCAAACCGGUGCACAGAACAUCGCAUACCUGUAUAGUGGACGACUCCUUGCUGGAUUGGGUGUUGGUUUCCUCACCAUGGUUAUCCCUCUGUACCAAGCCGAAAUUUGUCACCCCAGCAUCCGUGGUCGAGUCACAGCCCUGCAGCAGUUCAUGCUGGGUGUUGGAGCGCUGUGCGCGACUUGGAUCGGCUACGGCACAUACACUGGUAUUGCCCCCGACAACCACGCCCAGUGGCAAGUGCCUCUGGGUCUGCAGAUUGCGCCUGCUGUGUUCCUCGGUCUAUUGAUCUCCUUCUUCCCUGAGUCACCACGUUGGCUCAUCGAUAACAACCGCGGCGAGGAGGGCUUGCGCACAUUGGCCAAGCUUCACUCUAACGGCGACGAGAAUGACGCUUGGGUGCAGGCCGAGUAUGCUCAAAUCCAGGAGAGCAUUACGUUCGAGCAUGAAAACGAAGCCAAGUCAUACCUCGAUCUGUUCACCAACCGCUCUUCUUUCCGUCGUUUGUUCCUUUGCUGUGCCCUGCAGGCCUCAGUUCAAAUGACCGGUGUUUCUGCCAUCCAGUACUACUCACCCGAAAUUUACGGCCAGAUCGGUAUCUCCAGCGAGGACACCCUGAAGUACCAGGCCAUCAACUCGAUCAUCGCACUGAUCGCUCAGUUCCUCUGCAUGAUGUUCAUCGAUCGCUUCGGUCGUCGCUGGACCUUGAUCACUGGAAACCUCGGCAACUGCGUCACCUUCAUCGUGGCGACAAUUUUGCUUGCCAAGUUCCCCCCAGAAACCAACAAUCAAGGUGCCCACUGGGGCUUCAUCAUCAUGACCUGGCUGUACAACUUCUCCUUCUCCGCAACCUGUGGUCCUCUUUCCUGGAUCAUUCCCGCCGAGGUGUUCGACACCCGCACGCGUGCAAAGGGUGUUUCGAUCGCGACUAUGCUUUCAUACGCCUUCAACACGAUGAUCGGACAGGUCACUCCCAUUGCGAUGACCAACAUCGGAUACCGCUAUUACUAUGUGUUUGUCAUCUGUAACUUUACCAAUGCGCUCUUCUUCUGGCUUCUGCUCCCCGAGACCAAGCAGGUGCCUCUGGAGGAGAUGAACCAGAUCUUCACGAACUCGCCAUGGAUCGUGCUGGGCACUCGCACCGAGCAGUACAUGACUCAUGAUUUGGAGCGCAAGGUCGAGGAGCGCGAGGUGAAGCAGACUACCAAGCAUUUGGAGUAG